UGCGUAAUUUUGAAUUAAAAUUGAAAACAGUUAUGCGCACUCACAUCAUAAUCUCUGCAAUAGCAUCAGUUUUAUUAGUUGUUAUAAGCAUAUUAUGAAUUGAGCAGAUAACUGAAAAUCUUCAUUCUGUUUGGAUAAUAAAGUGCAUAUAAUAAAACUCGUGAAACAUCUCAGAAUUUCCGAAUAAAUCUCGUGUGUCCGAUGCCGAUACAUAACCUCACUUAUAUAAUCUCAAGGACUAAAGUUAUAUUUCCCAGUGAAUAAAUAAUGCUUUCUUUCACUAUUACGAAAUUUUGACAUCCUAGUAGUCUUCUAAGUCACGAAAAAUAGGAAAACUACAGCCAUGGCGGGCCGUUGUUCCGAUAUAAUGGCUACACUUCGUGGUGCGAAGUUGGUGAUUAAUGCGAUUGUAAAACAGCAAGAAAAUUGUGUAAAACAUUUACUGAAAAACUCCAGUUUGGUAUCAGGAGCGGAAGAAAAUCUCAAAAAUUUGAAACAGAAAUUGAGUAGUAUAGAUCCAAGUAAGGUUCCCGAAUCAGUAGCAAAAGAAACAAGAGACCUCCUCGAUAGAAUUUUAGUGGUGGAAAAAGGUUUCACUCAAUACGCAAAAGUUAAAACGAGUGAUAUCUUGGGCGCUCCAAUCAACUACGAAGCGAACUUCACAGGAAAAAAAUUAAAAGUCUUUGACCCGGCGAAGGACCCAAAAGAAGUUCCGAUUACAAUUGAUAAAAAGUGUGAGACAAAAGUAGAAACCGUUCAAAGUUCUGCUAAAGUUAACGAAAAAGACGAUGUUGCGAAUAUACCAAAAAAAUAUUCUAGUGUGAAGGAGAAGAUUGAAAAAAUAGCUGAACUCGAUAAAGAAAUUCCCAAAAUAGAAUUUUCAGAUAAAGAUAAGAAAAUGUUAAGAAAAUUAGAACUCGAACAUGAGAAAAAGAUUCAACAGAAAAUACCUUCAGUAGAUGAUCAAAAAGUUGAGAAUGAAAAAGCAAAGCAGAAGAAUCUUAAUCUUAAAGCAGAAGAAUUUCCUGAUAAUUCUGAAAAUUCUGUGAAGCCUAAUAUUAAACCUACAAUCAAACCGAGACAAACACUUUCGUCAAAUGCUAGAGAACGAAAGGUUCCAUCCACCAGAUUACAGAGGAUGGUAAGUUUCGGAACCCUUGGAGUUGGCCUUGGUUUUGGAACUUUGGCAGAAUAUACUCGUAGAACGUUUGGAAUGAAAGAUCAAAGUGUGGGACAAACUCUUGACAGUAUGUUUCUUACAAAAGCAAAUGCUGAGAGAAUCGUUUCAACAUUGUGUAAAGUAAGAGGAGCUGCUUUAAAAAUUGGACAAAUCCUCAGUAUUCAAGACAACAGUAUUAUCAGUCCUGAGUUACAAAAAGCUUUUGAACGUGUGAGACAAAGUGCAGACUUUAUGCCUAAGUGGCAAGUCGAGAAAGUACUAGCGAGUGAAUUAGGCCACGAUUGGAGGAGUAAACUAUCAACUUUUGACGAAAAACCUUUCGCUGCUGCCUCAAUCGGUCAAGUACAUCAUGCUACUCUUCUGAAUGGAGAGCCGGUAGCUAUUAAAAUUCAAUAUCCGGGUGUUGCACGAGGUAUUGAGAGUGAUAUUGAAAACUUGGUUGGUGUGAUGAAGGUUUGGAAUAUGUUUCCCGAAGGUAUGUUUAUAGAUAACGUGGUCGAAGUAGCGAAACGAGAACUUUCUUGGGAAGUCGACUACCUGAGGGAAGCUGACUGUGCUAAAAAAUACAAGAAACUUAUUGAACCUUAUUCAGAUUAUUAUGCUCCCGCAGUAAUAGACGAGCUAAGUACGCAGCAAGUUUUUACUAGCGAACUGGUAGAAGGUAUUCCAGUAGAUAAAUGUGUAGAAAUGGACUUGCAAACGCGGGAGCAUAUAUGCAGAAUGAUAAUGGAACUAUGUUUGAAGGAACUUUUCGUGUUUCGCUACAUGCAAACAGAUCCGAACUGGUCCAAUUUUUUCUACGACACUGAGACGAAAAAAUUAAUUUUGCUUGAUUUUGGUGCAUGUAGAAGUUACGAAAAAUCAUUUAUGGAUAAAUACAUAGAAGUGAUCAACGGAGCUAGUGAAGGAGACAGAGAAAAAGUUUUGACUCUUUCCCGCGACAUGGGAUUCUUAACAGGAUAUGAAUCAAAGGUUAUGGAGGAAACUCACGUAGAUGCAGUGAUGAUUCUUGGUCAAGUUUUUAGCAAAGAUAACGAGUACUUUGACUUCGGAGGCCAAGAUGUCACCAGAAGGAUACAGAAGCUCGUUCCAAAAAUACUGUCUUACAGACUUUGUCCGCCUCCAGAAGAAAUUUACAGUUUGCACAGAAAAUUGUCCGGCGCAUUUUUACUAUGUGCAAAACUAAACGUUAAGAUAAAUUGUCGCGACAUGUUCCGCAGAGUUUAUGCAGGAUAUCAAUUCGGAUAAUUGCUGAAGAAAAAUAAAAAAUGGAAGGUUUGAUUUUCACCUAAAUUAAUAAAAUGGAACAUCAAAAAGGAAUUGUAUGGAAUAUUAACAAAAUGACAGUGCCUUUUUGUAUCUUAAUUUUGAAAAGCGGGAAUUUUUUCUUCUGCAGAUUUCUAGGGAAUUAUAUUGAUUAGCAGAAGAUAAAUAAUUAAUAUUCAAUUAAUGAUAACUAUAUAAAAAAAGUAUUGACGGUCGUAUUAUAGGAGAAUUGAUAUGAGAAAUCUAAAUAUUUAGUAAGUGACAGAACGGACCUUUUUAUUACAAGUCCUGAAUUUCUUUUAAAAAUAUUUUGUAUUUAAUGUUCUUCAGUGAAAAAGGAUUGAGAACGCCCGGUAUU